UUUUGCAUGGUGCUAAUGAAUGUCGUGGAGGUGCAUGAUAACAAAGGGCACACAUUAGUAAUCGUGGUUUGUACAAAAUCCCAAUCCAUUAAUCCCUCUCCACUUGCGGUGGAGGUGCAGGGGUGCCUGAUGAGUGGCAUUUCUGUCCAUUUGGGGUAUUUUGGGGUGCAGAAAGCAAAAGAUGGGUUUAAGGAAGUAAUUACCCUCAUAGGGAGAAGUUUCUCGAAUAUAGAAGUGCGGUUACAAAUAUCAGGAAUUCAUUUGCGCUUCCGAACAACAAAACAAAGUCCCCCCCCUCUCUCUCUCGGUGUCUGGAACAGAGAUUGCGUUUGUUUCGCGAAUUGUGAAGCCGCUGGUGAAAUAGCACCAAAUAUGAGGGGAAGAAGCUGCAGUUACAGCCCAUCACCUUCACCUCCAAGGCGUUACAGCCGAAGAAGGCACAGCCUUAGCCCUAGGGGCCGAUAUAGAGGAUGUGAUAGGGAUUUGCCAACAAGUCUUCUGGUUCGAAACCUCAACAGAGAUUGCAGGCCAGAAGAUCUGCAUGGUCCAUUUGGCCAAUUUGGUCCUCUUAAGGAUGUUUACCUGCCUCGAGAUUAUUAUACUGGGGAGCCAAGAGGUUUUGGGUUUGUCCAAUAUGUGGACCCAGCUGAUGCUGCAGAUGCAAAAUAUCACAUGGACGGUCGAAUUCUUCUUGGUCGUGAGAUAACUGUAGUGUUUGCUGAAGAAAACAGAAAGAAACCUGCUGAAAUGAGAGCAAGAGAACACAGGAGGGAUCGAUCGCAUGAUUACAGGCGAUCUUCACGAACCUAUUCUCCUAGUCCAGACUAUUCUCCUUCUCCAAGACGAAGGCGACAUUACAGGUCAAUCUCACCAAGGGACAGAAAGUAUAGGGAUCGAUCAUACUCUAGAUCAUCUUAUGCAUCAAGAAGCCGCAGCAGAAGUAGGAGUUACAGUAGGAGUUUGAGCCGAAGUCCGGGCUACUCUAGGUGAUUAACUUGAUAAGCAUGGUGGUGGGUGCGGUGGACAAUGCUUUAGUUUGCAUAUGUAUUUUUUAUGGAGCUUGUGUGUUGAAAUACUUCAGAAUGUUGGUAUUUUGUUCAUCUAGUAGAGAGGAUUUGGCGUGGUUUUGUUUCAGCUUUAUUACUAGACAACAUUUGUACUUGAUAUUUAAUUCUAGUUUUAUUGAACUGGUUGUGUUAGAUUAAGAUUUUGAUUUGUGCCAUUCUGGCUACAUAUUCUUGUCAUUGGGUUAUGGAUUUUCAUUAUGUAUAGUUUUUCUUCUACGAUGCCCAUUGCCUAGUCGUCUUAGUUAACAUUGUUAAUGUUUAUUUUUAGUGUAUUAGUAUGAGAAACAGGCAAUACUACUA